UGACGCCGGUUCGAGGGAAGUCCGGGGUCCUUGCUUUGACACACACCAGAACGACUCGGAGUCAUGACUCAGAAAAUCAGAGUGACGGACGAUGUCCUACGAUCUAUUCCUGAUCCUGGGCAGGGCGCCGUACUACCAAAGGAUGGGGAAACAAACAUCCUUAUCACGUCCGCUUUGCCUUACUGCAAUAAUGUACCUCAUCUUGGAAAUAUUAUAGGAAGCACCCUGAGCGCAGACGUCUUCAGCCGAUACAACCGGACACGGAAUCGACGUACUCUCUAUAUUUGUGGAACUGAUGAGUACGGAACUGCCACAGAGACUGCGGCUCUUAAGGAGGGUAUAACUCCCAGAGAGUUGUGUGAUAAGUACCACGCCUUACAUAAAGAGACGUAUGAGUGGUUUGAUAUCGGUUUCGAUCUCUUUGGGCGCACGUCAACCGCCAAACAUACCGAGAUAUGUCAAUCAAUUUACCUCAAUCUCGGCCAACACGGAUAUCUAGAAAGGCAGAUCAAAGAUCAAACGUAUUGUGAAGGCUGCAAAAAGUUUUUGGCUGAUCGCUACGUAGAGGGUAUCUGUCCUCAUUGCAACUUUAUCGAUGCUCGUGGCGAUCAAUGUGAUGGAUGCAGUCGCACGCUAGAUGCUAUCGACCUAAUCGAGCCUCGAUGCUUGAUUGAUAAAACUCACAAUGUCGUUGCACAUUCAUCUUCACAUAUGUAUUUCAAACUAGAUGCUGCUCAACCAGCGUUAGAAGACUGGAUCAAGAAGUCAUGGAAGAAAGGGAAAUGGUCACCCAAUGCCACAAUCAAUGCCGAUGGCGAGAUCGUAGAUGCGCGCAUGAAAAGCGGACUUAAACCUACUCCGGUGACGCGAGAUCUUGCCUGGGGCGUUCCUAUUCCACCUCUUGGUCGAGAAGAUGACAAGGAGAUGGGUGGAAAAGUGUUGUAUGUUUGGUUCGACGCAGUCAUUGGCUACGUCAGUAUCACCGGAGAAUAUACCCCAGAAUGGAAACAAUGGUGGCUCAACCCGGAUAAUGUUCGACUGUACCAAUUCAUGGGCAAAGAUAAUGUUUAUUUCCACACUAUAUACUUCCCCGCCAUGUUGCUCGCGGAUGGCAGCAAUUGGACGACACUACACCAUCUCUCAACUACCGAAUACCUUAAUUAUGAGGGUGGAAAGUUCUCCAAGAGCAAAAAUCGUGGUGUGUUUGGGCCUGCUGCUAGGGAAACCGGAAUUCCCGCUUCCGUAUGGCGGUACUAUCUGCUCUCCACUCGUCCGGAAACCGCUGAUGCCAUGUUCUCGUGGGCGGAUUGUAUUGCCGCCAACAAUAAUAUUCUUCUCAAAAACUUUGGCAACUUCGUCAAUCGUGCCCUCAAGUUCCUCUCCGCCCAAUACGACAGCGUCCUUCCAGAAAGUGGCGAUGCUCCCGGCCCAUUGUCCCCCAAUGACCCCCUCGAUGCUGAGUUUAUCACCGAUGUCAACACGUUACUCAAAGAUUAUAUUGAUGCGAUGGAGAGCGUAAAAAUACGACUCGGUCUUCAAACUGUCAUGCUCAUCUCAAGUCGGGGUAAUGGUUACCUGCAAGCCUCGGGCCUGAACAAGACCUUAAUGACAGAGAACCCACAGCGAUGCGCACAAGUCGUGUCGCGCGCCGUCAACCUUAUUUACGUUCUUUCAGCCCUCAUUUAUCCUUUCAUGCCCGCCACUUCGGAUGCGCUCCUGCUGCAGCUGAACGCGCCUGCGCGUGUAGUUCCUGAGGUGCUCUCCACGGAUAUCCUUGCGGGCCACCAGAUCGGCCAGCCUGAUCACCUGUUCAAGAACAUCGACGAGAAAAUGGAACAGGUGUGGAAGGUGCGCUUUGGCGGCGACGAGUCGGCUAAGAAGGAGGAGGAGGCACCUACGUCCAAACGCAAAGCAAAGAAAGCGGGCGCUGUUAACGCUGCGCCGAAUGGUGUGGUGGUCAGUGGGCCGAAAUCGCCUGAAGUUAUUGCUUUGGAAGCAAAAAUUUUGGAGCAUGGACAAGUUGUUCGUGGGCUGAAGGAGAAUAAGGAGCCAAAGGAUGUUGUAGAUGCUGCGGUAACGGAACUGAAAAGGCUUAAGGGUGAACUUGUCUUGCUGCAGAAGUCGGCUGCGCAGUAAAGAAGCGUUAAUUGAAGUUGUAUUAUUGUUCCAAUCUCUUUCCCCGCCCCCGCCCCUUGUGUCUGCAAGCGUAAUGAAGCGAAAUAUUGUGAACGCUGAAUGUUGGAGGUGAGCCAAUAGGGAGUUGAUGGUGCAGCAACUGCAGCCUGAUCUCAAGUUUAUAUCAAGCCCUGUUACAAAUCCCAGAGUGCUCGUUCUAGUGUACGGUUGGAGGUCGUAGUAGCAGUAGUCCUCGUAGACACACAGU